AUGUCACCACCUGGACGUCUCUACCUCCUGAGGGUGCGUGGCGCCCCCCUCCUCUUCCUCCUGGGGCUGCUGCUGGCCCUGCUGCCGCCUGGGGCCCAGGGACUCCCUGGUGUUGGCCUCCCACCUUCAGCUGCCCGGACUGUCUACCAACCCUCCCAUGGCUCCCUCAAACCUGCUGCUCACCUCGUUGGAGAUUCUGGCACACGGAACUCGCUGAACUGGAGAAUGAGCAGGGACAUGGCCUUCCUCCGCGGCUUCUCCUUCAGCAACAAUUCCCUCCUGAUCCCCACCAGUGGUCUCUACUUCGUCUACUCCCAGGUGGUCUUCUCCGGGCUAAGCUGCUCUCCCACGUCCGUGCCCAACUAUCUCUACCUGACCCACGAGGUCAAGCUCCUCACCUCCCGGUACGGCUCCCCUUUGACUCUGCUCAGCACCCAGAGGUCCCAGAAGUUCAUGUGCCCAGGGCCACAGAAUCCCUGGGUGCGCUCUAUGUACCAGGGCGCUGUGUUUCUGCUCAGACAGGGAGACCAGCUGUUCACCUACACUGAGGGCAUCCGCCACCUGCUCUUAAGCCCCAGUACUGUCUUCUUUGGAGCUUUUGCUGUGUAG